CGACAUGGUUCGCUCCGCUGUACUAUAUAAGACAGGAUUUCUUUACGCCUCAUGACCUUGGUUCCUUCUUUCAACAGGCACCUAUUUUCUGGGUCCAUAUGUACUUCCUAACUCACGACCUACCCCAUCUAUCCCCCUCUCAGCAGCUACAACUCCCUACUCCCUCUCUCAUAUUUUCCGCUUCACAAUCACCCACACAUACACGAUACAAUAUUCAUCUAGCACAAUGUCAUCCCUCCUCACCGUCCUCACCACAUUUGCAGCCCUCCUAACCCCAUCCUUAUCCUCCCUCACUGUCUCCCCCCGCCCCCCAAUGGGCUUCAACAACUGGGCCCGCUUCAUGUGCAACCUCAACGAAUCCCUCUUCGUCGAAACCGCCAACGCCAUGCUCAAAAACGGCCUCCACGCCGCCGGCUACACCGCCAUCAACCUCGACGACUGCUGGCCUCUGCAAUCCCGCUCCCACUCCGGCGAACUGCAAUGGAACUCUACCCUCUUCCCCCACGGCCUCCCCUGGCUAGGCGACUACCUGCACGCCCGCAACUUCACCUUCGGCAUCUACACCAACGCCGGAAAGAUGACCUGCGGCUGGUACCCCAGCAGCCAGGACAACGAAGAAACCGACGCAAAGACCUUCGCCCGCUGGGGCGUCGACUACGUCAAAGUCGACGGCUGCCACAUCGAGCUGCAAAACGGGCGCAACUACUACCAGGAGUUCGAGUACCGCUACAAACUCUGGCACGCCGUCCUAUCCAAGCUCGACCGCCCCAUGGUAUUCUCGCAAUCGGCGCCGGCCUACUUCUCGCCCAACUUCCCUUCCCUGGACCACCCGGAGAAGCCCCAAAACGACAAUUACACGGAUUGGUAUAAGACCAUGCAGUACAUCUAUCGCACGGGCGAGCUGGCCAGACACUCGGACGACAUCAAGGUGUGGAGCACCAACCCGGACAACAGCUUCAUGCCCGGCGGUCACUGGGAGAGCAUCCUGAACAACUACGACAAGCAGAUCCGACUCAGCCGGUUCCAGCAAGCGGCCGGUUGCGGCUUCUACAACGACCCGGAUUUCCUGAUUGCGGAUUUCCCGGACUUGACGCCCGAGGAGAAGAAGAGCCAUUUUAGCCUCUGGAGCGCCUUCUCGGCGCCCCUGAUUAUUAGCGCGUGGAUCCCCGGUAUGAGCGACGAGGAGGUGGCGUAUUUGAAGAAUGAGGAGGUCAUUGCCGUCGAUCAGGAUGCGUUGUGUCAGCAGGCGACGGUCGUGAGCCAGGAUGCCGUCUUCGAGGUUCUGAGCAAGAGUCUCGAGAAUGGCGAUCGGUUGCUGGCGGUGUUGAACAAGGGCGAAGUGGAGAAGUCGACGGUCGUGCCGUUGAAGCGACUGGGCAUCGAACCUGAAGGUACGUAUAAGGUGAAGGAUCUGUGGAGUAAGCGGACGAGGACGGUGGAGACGAGUGUCGAGGUCCGGCUCAAGAGGCAUGAGACGGGCAUUUAUCGGAUUUCGGUGGACAAGCAGACGGAGGUUGCGCCGACGGGCCAGAUCUUUAACACCUUCUCCAUGCGGUGUCUCACAGCGCAUAAGCGCGGGGCGAGGUUCGAAGAGUGCAAGGGUGGCGACGAGCAGGUCUGGUUGGUGCGGAAGAAGGGUAUCGUGAGGCCCUUGUCGGCGACGAAUCAGUGUCUUUUCCUCGGUGGGGAUGACGCUGUUGUUGUUGAGAAGUGUGAUGGCAGGCGGACGUAUCACCAGUGGAGCUAUGGCGUCGAUGGGAACUUGGUCAGUAGGUACAAUGGGUUGUGCCUCGAGGAGGGCGAAGGGGGGGAGGCGGUUUUGAGGAAGUGCGGUGUCGCGUUGAAUAGCCAGGUUUUGGCAUUGCCUGGGGGGGUGGAGUUGGAAAGGUAG